AAAAUAGGAGGUGAAGCCAAACAGCCAAAUUCUGCCACCAGGAAGUGUGUCAGUAUCCAGCUGAUCAGGAAUGGCAAGAAAAUAAUAGCUUUUGUGCCCAAUGAUGGUUGCUUGAACUUUAGUUCAAGGGGAUGGAGAUAGGGACAAGAUGAGAGAAGGCUGUCAGACUUUUUGGAUUCCAUGGAAUGAAACUGUAAAACUAUUUGGCUUUGAACUGUGCUGUUUUCAAGAAGAGAGAAUGAUUACCCUGAAGGCGAUUCGGAGAUCAUUAUGGGUACCACCUUGGCUUCAGCUGACAGCAGCUCAGGAAGCCAUCCUGCAUGCGUCUGGAAAUGGCACACCUUUACCAUCUAAGGACUACUGCAUGCUGUAUAACCCUCAUUGGACAGCUCUUCCAAGUACGCUGGACAAUGCAACUUCUAUUAGUUUGAUGAAUCUGACCUCCACACCACUAUGCAACCUUUCUGAUAUUCCUCCUGGUGGUAUGAAUAACAAAGCAGUUGUGGUACACUGGGGAACAUGCCAUUUUCUUGAAAAAGCCAGAAUUGCACAGAAAGGAGGUGCUGAAGCAUUGUUGGUUGUCAAUAACACUGUCCUAUUUCCUCCUUCGGGGAACAGAUCUGAAUUUCAUGAUGUGAAAAUAUUGAUUGCAUUUAUAAGCCAUAAAGACUUUAAAGAUAUGAAGCAGACUCUUGGAAGUAAUAUUACCGUGAAAAUGUAUUCUCCCCCAUGGCCUAACUUUGAUUAUACAAUGGUGGUUAUUUUUGCAAUUGCUGUAUUUACUGUGGCAUUAGGUGGAUAUUGGAGUGGACAAAUUGAAUUGGAAAACUUGCAGGCAGCCGCAAACAUUGAUGAGAGAGAAAUGAAGAAAAAGAAGGAAGAAUAUUUAACUUUUGGUCCUCUUACAGUUGUAGUAUUUGUGGUCGUCUGCUGUAUUAUGAUAGUGUUACUUUAUUUCUUCUACAAAUGGUUGGUUUAUGUUAUGAUAGGAAUUUUCUGCAUAGCAUCAGCAAUGAGUCUGUACAACUGUCUUGCUGCACUAAUUCAUAAGAUACCAUGGGGACGAUGCACGAUUGUGUUUCGUGGAAAAAGCAUUGAAGUGAGACUUAUUUUUCUCUCUGGACUGUGUAUCGCAGUAGCUGUUGUUUGGGCUGUAUUUCGAAACGAAGAUAGGUGGGCUUGGAUUUUACAGGAUAUCUUGGGAAUUGCUUUCUGUCUGAAUUUAAUUAAAACACUAAAGCUACCCAACUUCAAGUCAUGUGUGAUACUUCUAGGCCUUCUCCUCUUCUAUGAUGUAUUUUUUGUUUUCAUAACACCAUUCAUCACCAAGAAUGGUGAGAGUAUCAUGGUUGAACUUGCAGCUGGACCUUUUGGAAAUACCGAAAAGAAUGGUGGAAACUUGGUGGAAGCCACUGCUCAGCCCUCAGCUCCCCAUGAGAAAUUGCCAGUUGUCAUCAGAGUGCCAAAGCUGAUCUGUUUCUCAGUAAUGAGUGUGUGCCUCAUGCCUGUUUCAAUAUUGGGUUUUGGAGACAUUAUUGUACCAGGCCUAUUGAUUGCAUACUGUAGAAGAUUUGAUGUUCUGACUGGCUCUUCUUCUGUGUACUACAUUUCCUCCACAAUUGCGUAUGCCGUUGGCAUGAUACUUACAUUUGUUGUUCUGGUGCUGAUGAAGCAGGGGCAGCCUGCACUCCUCUAUUUAGUACCUUGCACACUUAUUACUGCCUCAGUUGUUGCUUGGAGACGUAAGGAAAUGAGAAAGUUCUGGAAAGGUAACAACUAUCAGAUGAUGGAUCAUCUGGACGAUGGAACAAGUGAAGAAAAUCCUGUGGCUGCUAAUGAACAGCAUCAAUAGUAUGUGGACCUGCAAUCAUGUGUCAUUGAUUUUCUACAAACAGGAUUUGACUUUUUUAAUCAACUUUUGAAUUGACAGUCUGAAAGAAUCAUCAACGACAUGCUUGCAAGCAUAUAUUUUUAUGAUCUGGUACUUAAAAUUACAUCAAAAAUAACUAAAAUACAUUUCCUUUUAAUAUUGUUAAAGUUGUGCCUUCACAUUAAAUAAAAGCAUAUUGUCUGUGUAGUUACUGAGA